AUGGCAGGGACAUUUCUGCUGCUGAUUCUUCUCUUCCUGUGGCUGCAGGUGCCUCCAACUGAGUGCAAGGAAGACUCUGAGGGAUGCACCAUGACGGAUCCUUUCCAGUUUCCAUACCAGUAUUAUCAGAGAGGGGAUCUUAUCAUUGGAGGAAUUGUUAAUGCUUUUGGCUGUACAUCUGAAGAAAUAGAUCUCCAUGACCACCCAAACACAAAGUUUACAGAUGAACUUUUGUAA